UGUGGAGGAAAAAAAUGGAUGUGGUAACAACAAUAGAGGAUUUUUAUGGAGUUUAUCUCCUCGUGAGUCGCAGUGAGAAUCGCAGUUUCACCGGAAGAACCUACAUUGGGUACACUGUUGAUCCCAAUCGAAGGAUAUUACAGCACAACAGAGGAAGAGAAGGUGGAGGCGCCAAGAAAACAAGCGAGCGUGGCCCAUGGCAAAUGAUCCUCAUCAUUCAUGGUUUUCCCAACAGUCUCUCAGCUCUUCGGUUUGAAUGGGCUUGGCAGCAACCAAAUAUUUCUCGACGAUUGAAAAAUAUUCCCGGCUUGGGGAAAAAAUCUUCUCUCCGGAAGUUUGACCUUCAAUUUCGUAUUCUCACUGAAAUGCUAAGAAUUGGUCCAUGGAACCGACUUCCGCUGGUGAUUCGCUGGCUGGCUGAUGAUUUCGUCCGUGACUUUCCGCCUGAAAAAUUGCCACCAGUUCACAUGGAGAUCUCCUUUGGGCGGGUAAAGCGGAAAAAGAAGUUGGCAAGGAUUGAGGAUAAUGUCGCCGAAGGUGGUAGUCAGAAAUCACUUUCUUGCUGCCUCUGUAGUAGCCCCAUUGAGGAGCCACGGCAAUCUCUCUUGACCUGCAUUAAUCCACAAUGCUCACUCCAGUGCCACAUAAUCUGUCUAGCACGAGUUUGCAUCACAGAGAGCAAUCAAUACAUUCCAACGGAAGGUGAUUGUCCCAUUUGCUUCACCCACUUUCUUUGGGGCGAUCUGAUAAGGAAGAAGAAUGGGUGCAGUGAUCUCGUGGCCACGAGCGAUGAUGCAACCGAUACCGAGCAUAGUAAUUACAAUGAUUUAUCCAUCGAUUCAACAGAUGAGGAUUCUGAUGACUCUUGACAUUGAGAUUCGCAUUGUCAUCUUGCUUGAGAAAGAAGACGAUUAGAGAAAAACUAUGUGUGCUCGCCUAUUUUCUCGCUAAUGUGUGAUUUCUAUUUUAUGGUGAAUAUAAUCUUAAAUUGUUUAACUGUUUUAUUACAAAUUACCUUUUUAACAAACCAUUUAGUUCUUUUAUGAGUUUUUUAGCUUGUUAGAAUCUUCGGCAAAUACUAAAUUAAAUCUAAUAAUUUUAGGGCUAUAGAUAGUCCUUAUUUAAAUUAUUUUUCUUUAUCCUUUAAUAAAUUCUCUAAUUCUUCAGAAAGUU